ACAGCCAGAGAUGUCUUCCCGUUUGUUUCUCCGUUCGUUGGCCACCGCCUCCAAGACUGUCAGACCUCCAAUCCAAUUGUUUGGUGUCGAUGGUACUUAUGCUUCUGCUUUGUACACUGCUGCCAGUAAGGACUCUUCUGUCGACAAGGCUUUCCAAUCCUUGACCAAGGUCCGUGAAGUCGUCAACUCCGACAAGCAAUUGGCCGAAUUCCUCACCAACCCAGCCUCCUCCAGAGACGACAGAGAAGCCGUCAUCGGUACCUUGGCUUCCAGCUUGAAGUUGGACAAGUCUGUUGGUAACUUUCUUUCCGUUUUGGCUGAAAACAACCGUUUGAGUGAAUUUGAAGCCAUCUACGCUCAAUUCUCCACCUUAAACGACGCCUUCAGAGGUAUCGUUGAAGCUAAGGUCACCUCUGCCAAGCCACUUGAUAGCAAGAUCAUCAAGAGAUUGCAAGCUGCCAUCUCCAAGUCCUCCUUUGUAGGUGAAGGUAAGACUUUGAACGUUUCCAACGAAGUCAACCCAGAUCUUUUGGGUGGUUUGAUUGUUGAAGUUGGUGACAGAACCGUCGACUUGUCUGUUUCUGGCAAGAUUGCCAAGUUGAACCAAGCAUUGAACGAAUCUUUGUAAGGGUAGUUGAGCAUGAUCUGUAGAGUUAACGAAGUUAAAAUAUAAGAGUACAUUAGA